GACCGGCAUAUGAGUUGGUGGAAGAUCGUGCGGAGCGCUUGGGUAGGGACUGGUAGGUGAGAGGCUUUGACUUUGGGCGGCAUUGCAUCAUAGACUCUAGAUGGCGGCUCUUUGGAUGUGUUCUACCGGGCUUUGCCAUUGGCAGUAUUUCCAUGCUUCGUCAGAAAUGGUACGAGUCAGAUGCAUUCUUUCAGAACAUUUCUUCCGCUUCUGGAAAUUGGACAAGUGUACAAGAAAAUGUACCUGCAGCAGCCGUUCUCGGGAAAUACCCAUUCUCCUCAAUGGGAGCUUUUGCCAAGAGAUCAGCACUGCCCAAAGAUGCUGAAUAAUGUCUUCUGGAGGGACCCUGUUCCGCUCGGGCUUGGAAAUCACGACAUUCAGUGCAAUUCAUCGAGGAUACUAUGGACUCUGGUAGUAUAAAG